CGAAUCAAGAUGUGGGCAAAUGGGUGGCACGAGAGGGCGAUAUCGCAGUUUAUUUGAUUGAUGAUACUAUUUCCAAUUGAUCGAAUCUUUCGGCUAUAUACGGUCUUCUUCUUUCACCGCUGACUGACUGACUAGGUCUAGAGUCAGACUCACUUGGUGUGUCACAGUGUUGCUUGCUUAGUUCUUUUUCCGGAAUCUUUCCUCCAUCUUUUCUUGACCCGGUGAUCAUCCACUGGCAGUCCUUCCUCGGACUUCUUCUGCGAGUUCGAGACAGACCUAGUUCCUUUUGACAACAACAAACAUUCUCUACAUCGUUUAACUUUGGCACCAGUUCUCAACAUAUCGUCGAGAUUUCAAGCGGCCGACUAUUUUUUACAGAGACGAUUUAUAUCACCGAAUUGACAGACCGUUCGUUGAAUCGCCAGCUCGGCUUACUCGGCUUACGUACCUCUCUCUACCAACGAUCGAGAUCCUUUGCGCCGCCACUCUACGUCGUAGGACAUCUACCGAACAUAACCAAUUCGAACGAAGGAGGUCUCUACAACAAGUCUCGAGCUCGAUCUUUCCUCUACAACAACCAAAAGCCGAAUCGCAUACAAAGUACUCUACCAAGGUCACCAUGAGCGACGGAGAGCCUCCAGUCCCCGACACCCGCGUGUUGGCGGUCGCCAGCCAUGUUGUCUCUGGCUACGUAGGCAACAAAAUCGCCGUCUUCUCCAUGCAAUCCCUUGGCUGCGACGUCGCCGCCCUCAACACGGUGCAGUUCAGCAACCAUACGGGCUACCGCCAAUUCACCGGCACGCGCGUGUCCGCUUCCGAAAUCACCGACCUCUACCGCGGUCUCAAACAGUCCUACCUCGAUGACUUUGAUAUGAUGCUGUCCGGAUACGUCCCCGGUGCUCCAGCGCUGGAAGCCGUGGGGGAGAUAGCGAAAGAACUUAAGGAAAAGGCUCAAGCGCGCGGGAAGCCUGGAUCUUUCUUUUGGGUGCUGGACCCCGUGAUGGGCGAUAACGGCAGUCUGUACGUCGCGCAGGAUGUGGUGCCGGUAUAUAAAGGGCUGGUGCAGUACGCAGACCUGAUACUCCCGAACCAAUUCGAGGCCGAACUCCUAUCAGAAGUCAAAAUAGUCGACAUGCCCUCCUUAACCCGCGCCAUCUCCGUCCUGCACGAGCGCUACGCCAUCCCGCACAUCAUCAUCACUUCCGUCUCCCUUCCCGACGCUGCUACUACCGUCUCCUCCACCAUGCCCAACUCCGUACCCGGCUCUUCGGCGCCCACACCAACACCCCAAGAAGAAGGCCAAGGCCAAUCGCAACCGCCCCGCACCAAGACCCUCAGCGUAGUGGGCUCAACAAUGACUUCUGCCCGCCAACCGCGCGCGUUUCAGAUUAGCUUCCCCGCCAUCGACUGCUACUUCUCCGGAACGGGCGAUAUGUUUUCCGCUUUGAUGCUUGUGCGCAUGCGAGAAGCGGUGUAUAACACUGAAGGAGACUUGACAGAACGGGAAUCGUGGUUGUCAGAUGACUCAGUGGACGCGCUGGACUUGCCGCUUGCCAAGGCGGCGGAGAAGGUGUUGGCGAGUAUGCAUGAGGUGUUGACGAAGACGGCGGAGGGGAUGAAGGGGAGGGUGCAGAGGGCUAAGGGGUUUGUGGAUGAACAGCUUCAACGAGAGAAGGCGAUGACGGAUGGGGUUAAUGGGUGUGGACAUGCGAAUGGCAAUGGGACGACAGAUCAGGAUGGGCAUGUGGAUAAGAAACCUAGGCUGGAUUCAACACAGACGACGACGACGACGACGACGACGAAUGGUAAUAGCGAUGGUGGCGAAGAUGAGGAAAAGACGGAAGAGAGGAUAAAAGAAGAAGAAGAACGAAGGAGGAGAAAACAAGUGGAGGAAGCGGAAAAGGAAGAAGAAGUGCAGGCGAGGAAGAGGUUACAUUUGAUGAAGAGUAAGGCGGCCGAGUUGAGGCUGGUCAGGCAUUUGGAUAGCUUGAGGCAUCCCAAGGUGGAGUUUAGGGCUAGGAGGAUAGAGUGCUCUUAGUUUUUUGGGGGGGAUCUGCUUGGGUGUGGAAUUAAUAUCUUUGCGAGAGGGAGAGCGAGGAAUAGAAGGGGUGUGGGAUGACGGGAUCAGCAUUGGAUAGCGGGAGUUAUAAUUGAUCUGCUGCUGGUGAGCGAGGCGCUAUUCUAUUCUAUUCUACCAUAGAAGCUAGAUUAGAGCAUGGGCAUAGCAUUGCGGGAGAUUUUGGGGGGUUAGACUAUUUGGUUGAUGUCUCAAUCAAGAGUGUAUAUUACACCAUACACGCUUCAUACAUCAAGAAUUGGGUCGAUACAGAAGGGUUGUAGAGUCUUGAUUUGAAAGGAACCAUUAGAGCUUGCCUGA